AUGGCAUCCAAAAUUACCCUCGUCUUCCAGCACCUCGCCAUGCCCACAGUCAAGGACUCAACCGCACCAGCUCCCAGAGCCGGAACCCACAACUCGCGUCUCUCCUCAACCACCGCAGCCCUCAAUAAGAGACGAACUCACUUUGAGUUCCGCCGCUCCCUGAAAACCUCGUCAGAGUUGAUUGCGAAAACCCUCGAGAAGCCUGAUACACCUCCCAACCCGGGUAAAUCAAAGCUCAGCAUUUACAAUUGCCAUCAUCUGGCAGGCGGCUCCCGGACCAAGCUCCACGACAUCAACAAGACGGGGUCGAUGCAGAACGCAAUCAUCACAGCCUCGCCUACAAAGAUAUCCGCCAUGAGAAAGAAGUUCUCCAGCGGCUAUAACCGGACUCUCAAGAUGGCAAAGAAAGUAAACGCCAUCCCCAUCAUGUGGAAAGUCGCCGGCUUGACAACCCUUCUCUCCCUCGGUAGCUACAGCGCCGUCUGGCAAUAUCAGGCCAUGUUGGAGGUAGAGGCCAAGGAGAAAAGAAUCGCGGAGGAAAGUGAGGCUUUGAGAAAAUACAAAGAGGAAAUGUGGGAUGGAGAGCAUUCCAUAUCGCCUGGCUGGGCCGUUUUCAAUGAUGCAUCGUAUCCCUUCGCGGUGCAUUACUAGUAAGGCGUUGGUAGGGUGGGGGGGUUGAGAUAUGGG